AUGUUGAAAGAGCUUAUGACUCAGGCUGCAGACUUCCAAGAGCUUAUAUCCAAUGGUUAUGAGGAUGAAUCGCUCCCUCAAAUCGAUGGUUUGAAACAAGAAGAUGCUUCCGAUUCCCUCUCUCGAUUUUUAGCCAAUGUAGCAUUGGCUUCGGAAGUAACGAAGGAGGAAGACAAAACACAUAACACACCUCAAGUCACAAUAUCUACCAUACAUGCUGCUAAAGGUCUAGAAUGGCCAAUAGUCUUCAUUCCUGGUGCAUAUCAAGGCAGUAUACCACACUCUAGAGCAGAAGACACUGACGAAGAACGAAGAUUGUUAUAUGUAGCUAUGACCCGAGCUAAGGCUUUACUUAAACAUGAGUUGUCCCCUCAAAAACUCAUUGCAAGAGUUGACAACGACUUGUCCCUUUCUCUCUGCCCGUGGCCUCAGAGCACAUUUAGACUACAAGGGCCCUUCGUUACGUUCAAAUACAGUUCAGUGCCUGGCUCAGAUCCUCCGGCGACCGUUUCCGACUAG